GAAAAUAAAAUGAAAUAUUUACUUAUAUUUCUUGCAUUUUCAAUAACUAUUUGCAUUAAAUUAGAACUCCUAGAAGUAUUUCAUCAAUCUAUUGAUUGGUAAGCCAACUAUCAACCAACUUAUGAAAAAUAAAUGAAAAAAUUAGAAAGACAAAUCUAGAUUAUGAAAGAAUAAAGAAGAGCUAAAAAUCAAUAAUGUGAUCGUAUUCAAAGAGGAUUAGAUUUUAUUAUCAAUGAGUAUAGAGUUUAUAUUAAUUAAGAAAGGAAAAAAAUGAAAAAUUUACAUCCUGGUUAACAUCUCGUAUAGCAUAAAACUAAAAUAGAGUUGAAAAACUCAAUUAAAUCAAAUGUUAAAGUAGUUCUUCAUUUUAUGAAACUAUGAAUGAACAAAAUAGAGUUAAUAAAUUAAACUAAUUUUUUGUUAGUUGGAUUAGUAGAGAUUAGAAAUUGCUUCAGUUAUAAGAUACUUAAGCCUUUAUUUAAGAAAUGUAGGUAGAUAAUGAAUUUUAAGAUGCAUUAUUAAUUUUAUCUGGUAUAUGUAAUUCAAUUAAUUUAAGAAUAAAUUAGAUCAUGUAAAUUAUCACCUUUCAAUUAAAAGAAUAUUGAUAGAAGUGAAAGUUCAAGAAGAGAUUUUGAAUAAAAUAUUUUCACUUUAGAAAAAGUAUUGAACUAAAAUAAUGAUUUAAUGGAACUUAAUGAAGUGAGAGUUUAAGAUAAAAUAACUAAGUUUAUACAAUAAUUAGAUAAAGAAACUGAAUAAUUACAAAUUCAUUAUGAAUCUAUAAUGAAAAUAAUUAAUAAAAGUCCUGUUGAAAUUACAUCAAAAUAAAGACUUGAAUAAUGUAAGAAGGAUGUAUUUAGUAUUGAUAAAUUGAUUGAAGCAACAUAAGAAGCUUUAGAAAGAAUUAAAACUUGUGCUCCAAGUGAAAGUAUUAAAUAUUUUUGAACUAUUAAGGUUUAGCAUUUAAAUAAAAGAGAAUUUUAAGUUAGAUAGCAAAAGAAUACUCUUAAGGUGUUGCUAAAUUUGAAUAAAAAUGA